AUGGAUAGGCGAUUGCUGGACGGCGAGACGACACCAGUAGGCGAGACUAGGAACGUGUUCGACGAUGAAUUUGAGGCGGAGGACUUCGAUGGCAUAGCGGACGGCUUUAGACCCUCGGAUCAUGACAGAGAAGGAGGUAUGCGGUCGCACGGACGGGAUGCCACAUUCGCACCAAUACGCACGACAUCUGUACGCAGCACGCGUUCAACCAGAUCUUCGGCUUCGACUGUGACACGAGAGCCGUCUGGUGCAUACUCGCGGAGUUCGAUCCGGAAGUCGCGAGGCCAGGACAACCCGUUCGCCAGUCCCGAAGAUGACGAAAGGACGCCAAGCCUCACCUUCGAGCCCGACAUCACACAUCGCUCCGUCUCUUCGGCCUCUUCGAUCAACUUUGCCGGUACGGGGAGCCCACGAUUCGGUGCUGGACCGAGCCAUCCGUAUGGCAUGUACCCGCAAGGCACCAUCCCACGCUCGCCAAGCAUUGCAACACAAUCUACUGUCCGAGCGUCCGUCAGACAGUCGAUACCACAGGAUGGACCACAACACCCUUACACCAUGUAUCCGCAGGGAGUGGGCGAGGAGGACGAUGAUGAGCACGCCCCUCAGAAUCUAGUACCUGUUGGCUUUCCUGGGCUUGGUCAAUCAUAUCAAAGGCGGCUAGGUCCGGAAGGCGAGGAGCAAGAUAUCAUUGGCGAGGACGGACAUACAGAGCAAUUACCUCCAUACACACGAUAUCCUGAAGAUGGCCCUGAGAAGAUGCCGUUGCUUGCUGCACCUGCGGCACCCACUGCUCUACAUAGCCGUGCACCAGUGGCCGGGACGGACCCAACUAUGGCACUGAUGCACGACUCCAUACGACCGCCACCAACGCCUCGACCACAGUCUAUGAUGGACGCGUCUACUUUAAGAGGCAGUCGAGCGCCGUCGCUUGCUAAUGUGGAAGCCAUGACCACCCAGUCCACUAGCAAAUCAUUACUAUCGUACAAGAGCUGGAGCGAGAAGUCCUGGAAGGAGAAGAGGAAGACCAAGUUCUGUGGCAUACCUUUCUGGUGGAUCUUACUGAGUGUAUCCGUGGUAGUGUUCAUUGCAACAGUACUAGGUGGUGUCAUUGGCGGGUUCGUGAUGAACCAGAAUCAAAAGACACAGAAUAUCCUCGCCCAAGCAAGUAGCACGCUGUACGAUGCUAGCGCCAUCCCUACACCAGCUAUCUCGCCACCAACAGGCACCUUCCAAUUGCCAUUGAGCACACCACAGGAGACACAAGCGGCCUGCUUGACGGAGACUGGUCAACAAGCAGCAUGGUCUUGCGACCUUGCUGGUCAGGCUCAGCAAGGUAUCAACAUCUACCAGCCGCCUGGUAGUAAUCAGACCGGAGCUCAGCUGUUUUAUGGGUCUCCCACCGUUGACAACCAGAUCUCCUAUGGCGCUCAACAGUCAUUCAUGAACACAAAUUUCGCGCCCUUCAUCGCUGUCCAGGACAACGAUGCUCCCAAGGAUGGACCAGCAUUCUACUUUCAGCAGUUCUACGACAAGGUCGUGGUCGUUCCGGAGACCGCACUUACAGCACCUGGUCCAGGAGGCAAGUCGAAGCGCCAGAGCAUUCAGCUCAACCAAGGGUGGAUGCAACAGAAGCAAGUUGUGCAGCCUGGUCAGAAACCAUGGUUCUGCGUCUGGAAUAAUACCUUCGUCGAGGGCUUCAUCUACGUGCAGCAACCUGUGGUAGUGACCUCAUAUAGUCCAGUGCAGCCACCACCUACUCCUGCGCCCAAUGCUACCGCUGCAAGCACGACUACAUCGGGCACUGGAGCUACACCACCAGCUGGCUCACCAACAGCCUUCAUCACCACCACUGUUAGCAUGCCCUCGCAGACUGCCACUUUCACCGGACCUGCCGAGGGCUUCCCGCAUUGGUCUGCGCACGUUUUCGCAACUCAAUCAAGCACCAACAAUGGCAAAUCCUACAAUAAUGGCCAGACCACCAAUGAUGGAGACAACAACAAGUACAAGCGACAGGCACCACCGCCACCCAUCGACUAUGCCAAUCUCGCUCAAUACCCAUUCGUGGUCAAGAUCGAAGAGCGGAGACUGUCCGGUAAUACCAUCACGCCGUACUGUCAGCAGUACCAAAUCCUGGAUGAUGGCGGGUAUGGUAUGGUGGUGCAGCCCGGCACGCAGAACCCGAUUAUUGUGCAAUUGAAUGAGCAAGACCCGAGCUAUAGUGCGUAUCAGAGCGCAGGCAUGGCUGGAUCGAAGAUGCCAAAAAGAGGGUUGGUGGCACGCGGUUGUCAUUGUCAGUGGAUGAGUGGGCAGAGUACCUGA